CAUGUUAAGGCCAUGCCGACAUUUGCGCUUGUCGCACAUUAUGUUAUAUUGUGUAUAAUUGAAGAAUAUUGAGUAUGAAUCAGUGAAAGAGAAACAUUAAAAGAUGUCCCUGUGUUUACGUAAUCUUCCAAAUAAAUUUACACCUUUUGUUAAUACACGUAAACGCGUAACGAAGAUUGACCGUCACUUACCAAAACAUGUUAAAUCGUCUCAGUUUUUAGAAGAGUUUUUGAGUACACCAGCAGUAACAUGCGCAACAACAAGCAGUGGAGACAGAAGUCUCAAUUCUGUGUUUCAUACGACAAGUCAAUCUUCACCAGGAAGUUACUUUGAUAUUUAUGCCGAAUGGUCAGAUCUAUUUAAUAAAAAAUACAAUUGGAAUCAACAGCAGCCAGUAUGGAUGCAACAGCAUAAACAAACAGAUACUCAGAUAUUGAACAUUAACAAUAUCGAUAUUAUAAAUGAAUCUGUAUUAAAUAAUAAUGGACAAUGGUCAGAACAAUAUGCAGAUUGCAGUUGGUUUUAUGCAAAAAACCAAUCUUGUUUGUCUCACAGAGUACUACUCUCAGUUGAUAGAAAUUUAAAUAUUAUCUCACCUAGUGCUGAUAAGCAAGGUUUUCUUUAUACAAAUAUUUCUCCUAAUGUGCAAACUGUAGAAGAGAGACAAGCAUCUGAGAAUCGUAAACCAUCUCAAGCACAAUUGCAAUAUGUAUUUGAUACCCUUAGUAAAGAAUUACCCAUGUUGUUUGUUAAAGCACUGGAUUAUAAAUUGUACACACAGGAUAUAUUAUUUAUAAACAAUAUUAGGGGAACUGUAACCACGGGAAUUCUUCAAUAUGUGAAGCAAAUAGCAUUUUUAAAAAUAAUAAGUCAUUUAAGAUUUGCUUAUGUCAAACUAGAUAUUUUAAAAAUAACUAUGCACCCAGAAGAUAAUAGUAUUAAAGUUCGUUGGCGAAUAAUAGGUAUGUCUGGUACACACGUAUUUCUUACAUUUUGGAAACUCAGAGUUUGGAAUAUGAAGAAACAUUUAAAUGAUACAAAAGCGUGGUAUGAUGGUUUCUCUACUUUUUAUGUUAAUAACGACGGUAAAAUAUUUAAACAUGUUGCCGACAAGAUGAUGCCUGAUCAAGAUGAAGUACCAGAAAAAGUGAAGGCUCCUGUCGCGGCUUUAUUUAUACCGCUAUUAGGUUUGGAUUAUUAGAGCUUACUUAAACAUUAUUCAAAAAUAAAGUUGCAGUGAACUCAAAUCAAAUAAAAUAAGCACAUAAUUUAUUCUGACAUAGUGUUCGAAUAUGUCUAUAUAGCUACACUUGUAAAUGAACACAUGCCAUGAAAUGUUUCUGUAACGAAAAUAAACUGAUUAAUUUGCAAGAUAUUUUUGUUAAAUUGCUACUUUUUGAAAGAACGAUG